UCUUUUUGUACUAAUUCCAAUUGAAGUAUUUCUUCUACAACUCCAUAUGCUGAUCAGGCCAGAUUGAUGUUGAGUAUAUCCAUAGCUUCACCCACGACACUUCCACACCCGCCUUAUUCAAUGCCUCUACUGCCUCUCGCCGUCGUCCAUAACAUGCCGUCCUUCAAUUUCAUCACCCCCAAAAUGGAAACAGCUCUGCUCGAGUGCUUCCUAUCAGCCACCCGCCUCCUCCCACUCCGAAUGCGUCCGUCGUUCGUCCUGAUCGGAGGGGCUGCCAACGUCUUCCACGGUUCGAAGUGUUAUACUGAAGAUGUCGACGUGGCGGCCUCCUCCUCGGCAAUUGUAUAUUUUCAAAACGCGAUCGCGAGCGGCACCACGCAAUUCAAAUACGAAGAUACAUCGCAAGCAAUCGAGUUUCACAGCCGCCAAGAUUUCACCGUUGACCUUGAGCUUGUACAACUCAGUGGCGGCUUCGAGGACUCGGUCGCCGCGUAUGAAACACUUCAUGAUGGGUUCAUCGCGUCACGGGUGGAUCUUCUUGUAUUGCGUGGUGUGACGGUGGCUGACCGGGGGAAGGAUAGCGACGUGCUGGACUUCUAGUUCUUGUUUGAGGAUGAAGGCUGAGAGGGGUUCGCUGCUCCCACACUUGGAUGUAUGCACAGUGGAGGCGUUGAAGAUGGCGGCAGAGAGGCUGUCGUGGGUGGACGCAUUGGUUUUAUCUGGU